AUGUCAUUCGUGCCGCCAUCCGAUCCUGUAAAUAAGAAGCAGGUUAAAGUAUCACAAUUAUGUGAGCUGUGCCGUUGUCGAAAGGCUAUUAUACGUAGGCCCAAGAAUCUACAAAAGAUUUGCAAAUCAUGCUUCUUCCAUGUGUUCGAAACUGAAAUUCACAAUACUAUUGUGAAUAACAAUUUAUUCUAUAGAGGUGAGAAGGUUGCUAUAGGAGCAUCCGGUGGUAAGGAUUCAACGGUAUUGGCAUAUGUUUUAAAAUUACUAAACGAUCGUUAUGAUUAUGGUAUUGAACUUGUCUUAUUGAGUAUUGAUGAAGGUAUAGUGGGCUAUAGAGAUGAUUCCUUGGCUACCGUGAAGAGGAAUCAAGUACAAUAUGGUCUUCCGUUAGAAAUUAUAUCAUAUAGAGAGCUGUACGACUGGACUAUGGAUGAAAUCGUUGCGUGUGCGGGUGUUAGAAGCAGUUGUACCUACUGUGGUGUAUUCAGACGUCAAGCUCUGGAUCGAGGCUCAUCAAAGCUGGGGAUCAGCCAUGUGGUAACAGGUCAUAAUGCAGAUGACAUGGCGGAAACGGUUCUAAUGAACAUUCUACGAGGUGAUGUAGCUCGUUUGGAAAAAUCUACCGCUAUCAUUACGCAGAGUAGUGGAUCCCCCAUUAAGAGAUCGAAACCUUUCAAAUAUUCUUAUCAAAAGGAGAUUGUACUCUAUGCCCACUACAAAAAAUUAGACUAUUUCUCCACAGAAUGUUCGUAUGCGCCUGAAGCCUUUAGAGGUACCGCUAGGGAAUUAAUGAAAAAUCUGGAAAUGGUUAGACCAAGUUGUAUUAUCGAUAUAAUUCAUAGUGGUGAAAAUCUAGUAUUAAAACCCAAAAAACCAAAGAGGACAGGUACACCAAAACAAAUGGAAGUCAGAACAGAUGGAUCUGUAUCAUUAGGGUUUGUAGAUGGCAACAAGUGUGAAAAAUGUGGAUAUUUGUCUAGCAACAGGAUUUGUAAGGCUUGUAUGCUAUUAGAAGGGCUUGAGAACAACAGGGCUAAGGUAACCCUGGAUAAUGAUACUUCCACACAAGGUACUGCUCGACUCACAAGAACAUUGGAAUCUUUAAAAUUCUAA